CGGCGGCCGGGAAGGGCGGCGGGAUGCGGCUGUCGGUGGCGGCCGCCAUCUCGCAUGGCCGCGUGUUCCGGCGGCUCGGGCACGGCCCGCGGAGCCGCCUGGACCUGCUGCGGAACCUGGUGACGGCGCUAGUGCGCCAUGAGCGCAUCGAGACGCCCUGGGCGCGGGCAGACGAGAUGCGCGGCUACGCCGAGCGGCUCAUCGACUACGCCAAGCGGGGAGACACGGACGAGCGCGCCAUGCGCAUGGCGAAUUUCUGGCUGACGGAGAAGGACCUCAUCCACAAGCUGUUCAAGGUGCUGGCGCCGCGGUUCCAGCCGCAUCCCGGGAGCUACACGCGCCUGCUGCAGAUCCCGAACCGGGACGCGCUGGACCGCGCUAAGAUGGCGGUGAUCGAGCUGAAGGGGAACCCGCUGCCGCCGCUCGUCCGCCCGCGCCGCGACUCCGAGAAGACGCUGCUCAACCAGCUGCUCAAGGGCUACCGGGAGGACCUGCACAGGGCGGCGGAACCCCCGGGCACCCCUGUCUAGGGGUCCCCACCCUGCCCCGAGGGGCUGUCCGGGAAUGGAAAGUGUGUCGGGAGGGCUGGAGGUUGGUCGCUAACCUGAGGUUGCCAUGGCGAGCACGCACAGUUUACUUGCUUCUUCCCGUGGUUUGAAUAGGGACUCGACAAGAGGAGGAAAUCAAGCUAGGAGCCCUGGUGGGUGAUGUUCUCUGUGUAAAUAAACUUUGUUCAGAACGUUCA